AUGAGCUGGAAGGGCAUUGUCAAGUCAGUCAACCGUCUUCCUCACAACAUACGAACAGCGACUGGUCUGGGUGAAUCAACCCGCGACUACAAAUACGAAGAACUUGUUUCAGCUUUCGAUGCAUUGCAAAAGGACGCUUAUAAACUCCACGAUGAAGCUCGGAAAUUUCGAAAAUCUGUUUCCGAUUUAUUUCUUCAUGGAGCAAAUAUCGCCGAAAUCUUGGUCGACAUUUACAAUCCAGUGAACGCAGAUGACCGGAGCGAGGGGCCGGUUACCAGGCAUCCGCAGACAAGUUCACAAGCUAUGAAGGCUGUGCAGGAAUAUGCGACGCAGUCGAGAGAGCUACAGGAGACUAUUGUUGCCGAACUGGAUUCCAUUGAUUCUUACGUCGUUCGGCCUAUGGACGAUCUCAUCUCGGUAACCAAGUCCAUAGCCAAGACAAUAAAGAAACGUGACCAUAAACGAUCGGAUUAUGAUAGGUACCGUAAAAGUUACAAAAAACUAAAGGAAAAGAAGGAUAGGACGUCUUCUGAGGAAAAGAAUCUAUCAAAGUUGGAGGAUCAACUCGACAAGGCGACAGCUGUAUUCGAUCAAUAUAAUGACGCACUCAAAGAACAAAUUCCGAUAUUUUUUGAGUAUUGUGGUGAAUACAUGGAGCCUAUAACUCAUUACUUUUAUAACACACAAAUGAGAAUAUAUGCACUCUUCUAUGAAAGCAUGGAACGAAUAGUGUCUGUGGAAUAUUUCGACCUUGAAUCAGACAUAGUUGAGCGGUAUGAGGAAAAGAUAGGAGAUGUAAAGUCGCACAUAGAAUCUCUGGCUACCUUGACAGGGAGACAUGGCAAUAGCGGUGGACGUCUUACUACAAAAGUCGGCGAAGGAUCAAGAUCGAAUAGGAGGUCAGAUUCAAGAUCGCCUGGACCAGUGUCACGGGAAUACUCCCGGAAUGCAGACAAGGACUUGAAGAGCCGCAAAUACGACCGUGACCGCUACGAUGACGACUACGAUCACGAAGAUGAUCCACCGCCGGCGUAUAGUUCAGUGAUAUCAUCAUCUCCAACCCGAAAAGGAAGUUCGUACAAUAUUUCUUCGAAUCCGAAAUUGUUUCCCGUAGCCGCCCCUCCCCGGCCACCGCCCGCCACUAAACCAAGACCAAAAAAUUAUGUAACCGCACUGUACGAUUAUGAAGCACAGGCAGAGGGCGAUUUGUCAUUCAAGAAGAACGAUAGAAUAGAGGUGAUAGAACGAACAGCGGACGCUAAUGGAUGGUGGACUGGGAAAUUAAAUGGAAAAACAGGUUUAUUUCCUGGAAAUUACGUAGAAUGA